AUGGAGAACAGCAGGGUGGUGGGCGGCAAAGACGCAGUAGCAAACACGGAUUGGCCGGCGCAGGUACCGGUACCGGUGGCCGUGCGUAAUACGCCCGUAUCAUCACACUCUCCACCCAGCGUGCAUGCGUUGCCCGUUGCAACAGACGUCGUCCAGCUUCAUUCUUUCUUCCCGCUUAUUUUCCCUCCCUUUUCUCUCCUUCUUCUCCUCUUUCUUUCGGUUGCUUGUUUCAACGCCCUCCUCUUUGGCUUGUUCUUCUUGUCCAUCCACUCUCCCCAUUGUCCACCUCGACGGUCUUCCUCCCGUCGACCGCCUCAGGGCCUCGUAUUCACCGUUUCUUCUUGGACCACUGACCUGCUGGAUUGCCCAUCAUGGCCUGCCCAUUUUGACUUCGGCAUCCGACGGCUACUUGUUUUGCUGGCUUCACGGAUAUCGAAGUCGUCUCACCACAUGUGCUUGGCUGCCUUCAAAGGAAAACUCGUUUCCCAGCUUGCAUUGACCCUGGCUGCAGGUGUCGUUGUCGUGACGACCGAUUUUAGGCUUGACCUCCUUUCGAACUUCCUCUCCCUCGACCUCUCCUCCGACCACGAAUCACGACGUGGUGUUCCUCCUUCAGUGAUGUUUGGACACCAUUUUCGCUCAGAGGGUACAAAUGGGCUGUCGUUCCCUGCAAUACGAAAGUUCGGACCGGAAAGCUUCAAUUUCCGGGAUCUAUCCAUGAAAACCGGGCAUUCCGAUUAUUUCAAUACGAAUCCCCUCCGAGGGUCUUCUCCCACUGUUACUUUAGCGGCUGAUCUUUCACAGAACUUUCACAUUGACCGAAGACUUGGAUUUAGAUUCCCCCACAACCGAAAUAUUUAUGGCCAAGUCACAGCAAGCUCAGGCCCAACGCUCCUUGCAAGAUUCUCCCAUGGAAUUAGAACAAGCUGGACGUCCACUGUAGGCCCACCACCGUCUAGGUCCUUGUUGAACUUUUAUUGGUUUCUGACAAUGUUCAACAGGAGACCCAGGCCGCCUAUACUGAGACCGUCUUUGAUGCGUUCCAAGGCCUACAGCUCUGGCGAGAAAGGCUCGCUUGCACCACAACCACCACCUUUCAAGUUCGCAGCUGGUAACAAUCCUUCUUCAAGACCUAGCCUUGCAUGCAAUACGAUGGGCCCACCUCGUCCGCGUGCCCCUUUAUCUGGAGUAGUUGGUCAAUGCCGAUCCAAUGGCUCCCCCGUGAAUGGCAUUCGUAAGAGCUCAAACCCAUUUAGCCGGCCAAGGAAACAGUGCAGAAGGUCUCUCAGCAUGUUCGAACAUCCAGACGACGUUAUCAAUCAAGAUGAAGAUACCAUGAUGUUGUCAAGUCCAGUUAUUCAGUCCAUUGCCGAUAUGGACACGCAGCCAACAUUACAGCUGCCACAUUUUAUUCCAGAAGAUGGCGACCAGCUUCCCCGUAUUGAGAUUAAUGUCUUGGUCGACAUAAUCAAUGGAAAAUAUAAUGACUUAUACGACAAUAUAAGUAUCAUUGACUGCCGAUUUGAAUAUGAGUAUGAAGGUGGACAUAUCAAUGGGGCGGUCAAUUACAAUGACAAGGAGCAGCUUGCUGCGAAACUUUUUGAGGAGGGUCAGAAAUCAAACACUGCUCUUAUAUUCCAUUGUGAAUAUUCAGCUCAUCGUGCUCCCAUCAUGGCCAAGUUCAUACGUCACAAGGAUCGCGCUAUCAAUGUUGAUAUAUACCCCAAACUGACUUACCCGGAAAUGUAUAUCUUGCAUGGCGGGUACAGUGCUUUCUUUGCUGAACACCGUUGCUUAUGCCAACCACAAAAUUAUGUUGAAAUGUCCGCCAAAGAACAUGAGUUUGCCUGUGAGCGUGGACUAGGCAGGGUCAAACAACGGUCGAAACUUUCUCGUGCUCAAACUUUUGCAUUCGGACAGAAUUCGCUUCAGGUGGAAGAAAGCCCAACUGGACGAUGUCGGCUUCCUGGUGAUCGCAGCUCCGAGUUUGAUUCCCCUUUUGACCGCGACGUUGAGGUUACACGCCUUCCUGGGCGUCGCAUGUUCUCUUAUUGA